UGUGAGUACGAUCUGGAAGGAAAAGAAUGAGAAGGGAAGACACGUGCGAGCGCGUGGAGAAGGCGCUACGGGAGUGCCACCAGCGAGUACCACCGGGUCCGAGUCGCAACUCAGCGUGCCGCCACCUUAACCAGGCUCUGGCCAUGUGCCUUGUUUCGUUAGCGUGUCCUGAGGAAUCGGAGGCGGUGCGCACCCUCUGCUCCACCGCCGGCACCGCUCUCAAGCGCCAUCAGUGCCAACAGGCUCAGCUUUCCCUCUCCCGAUGCCUCUCUUCUCACCAAACAAUUCCCUAAACCUAAUUUAUGCUAUUCCAUUCUCUGUAAUUUUGCUAAACACAGAUAAUUUUGGGAAUUUGUAGCUACAAGAGCUUAUUAUGUAAUUUAGUUUUAACUCGAUCUGUACCGAGGAAAAUAAAAUUAUUUAUCAUUCAUAAUUGACAAAUAA